AUGGGACAAGUUGCCGAGGUAUCUUGUGUUUAUUGUGGAGAUGGGCACACUUUUGAGAGUUGUCCUUCGAAUCCCACUUCGGUUUGUUAUGUGGGGAAUCAAAAUGCCAAUUGUAAUAACCCAUAUUCGAACUCUUACAAUCCGGGGUGGAGGCAGCAUCCAAACUUCUCAUGGGGGGGUCAAGGAGCUAGUUCAAGCAGAGCACCAAUGCAAAACAAUCCUACAUAUCCACCGGGAUUUUCUCCAAAACAACCAAGAGCUCAACCACCUCCUCCUCAAGUGUCUCAAUCAAGCUCUUUGGAGAGUUUAAUGAAAGAAUAUAUGGUCAAGAAUGAUGCUGUGAUUCAGAGCCAAGCGGCAUCCUUGAGGAACCUAGAGAUUCAAUUUGGGCAGCUAGCUAAUGAGCUAAAGAAUAGACCACAAGGUACUUUGCCUAGUGAUACCGAAAACCCAAGGAAAGAUGGUAAGGAACAUUGCAAGGCGGUUACCUUGAGGAGUGGUAAAAAUCUGGAAUUGACUGAGGAUAAUUGUACUAGAAACAGGGAGCCCACUUCAAUCCAAAGUAGUGUGGACAAGGGAGACAAAGUUGUGAAUUUAAAAUUUUUAAAUGAUGAUUCUGAAGCAAUUGCUGCAGCAAUUCCUCCGCAAAAUGCUACAAGAAAGCCUAUAAGCAAGCCACCUCCACCAUUUCCUCAGUGCUUUCAAAAGCAGCAACAAGACGGUCAAUUCCAGAGAUUUUUAGAUGUUUUGAAACAACUUCACAUCAAUAUACCAUUGGUGGAAGAUUUGGAGCAAAUGCCCAACUAUAUGAAGUUUUUGAAGAAUAUUUUAUCUAAAAAGAGGAGGCUUGGUGAAUUUGAAACAGUGGCGUUGACUGAAGGUUGUAGUGCUAUAUUGAAGAAUAAAAUUCCUCCUAAAUUGAAGGAUCUGGGUAGCUUCACAAUUCCUUGUUCUAUUGGUGGUAGAGACGUUGGUAGAGCACUUUGUGACUUGGGGGCUAGUAUCAAUUUGAUGCCCAUGUCAAUUUUCAAGAAGUUGGGGAUUGGAGAAGCAAGACCAACCACAGUCACUUUGCAAUUAGCAGAUCAUUCUAUGGCACACCCGGAAGGAAAAAUUAAGGAUGUACUUGUGCAAGUUGAUAAAUUCAUUUUUCUGACUGAUUUCAUCAUCCUUGAUUAUGAAGCGGAUAGAGAUGUUCCUAUUAUCUUAGGUAGGCCAUUUCUAGCUACCGGGAGGACCUUAAUUGAUGAAUGUUCUAAGCUAAGUGUAAUUGAGUCUAUUGUCGCUGAAAAAUUCCAUAAGGAAGCUUUUAAAGAUGGGGUGGAGGUGAGGUCACUUGAAGAGCUUGAAAACUUAAGUGAAGAGGAAGAAAGCCAAGUUACAUGGGUGGAGUCAAAGCAGCCUUUUGCUAAAUUUAGGAGGCCUUUUGAGUCAUUGAACUUGUCGGAAGGGAAUUUUAAGCCUCCUAAGCCUUCUAUUCAAAAGCCACCAAAAUUAGAGUUGAAGCCUUUGCCUAGUCACUUGAAGUAUGCUUAUUUGAGAGAUAAUGAGACAUUGCCUGUGAUUAUUUCAGCCAUGUUAGGAGCUGAAAAAGAGAGUUUGUUGCUGGCUGUUUUGAAGAAAUACACAAGGGCCAUUGGUUGGACCAUGGUGGAUAUCAAGGAUAUAAGUCCCUCAUUUUCUAUGCAUAAAAUUAUGUUGGAGGAAUGUUGUAAUAAUUCUAUUGAGCAGCAGUGA